AUGGUGCAUGAAAUAAUUAUUGCUGAUGCUGAUGCUGUUGCUGCCACUGAAAAGCUAUGGCCAACUAAUUACUCGGCCAGGAAUGCAAUCAUUUUUGCUUCUAGUCAUCUGGGAACAUUAUUUUUUAACGAUCGUCAGGUUCCGGUAAUUCUUCUGCCUACUGAACAGUAUUCUGUUGAUAGUGGUUAUCAGUUGGAAUGA